AUGGAGGUGAGAGGCGGACACCCCUGGCAGCUCCCUCACCCUCCAGGCCUAAGGGAGGGAUUUGAGCCCAAGGUGGCGUUCCGCGGAGGCGCGAAUCGCUGCUGGAACCUCAGUGCCGACCCCAGCGGCAGACUAACGGAUGUGUUCGGCGGCGUGAUGUCCGGCUCCUCUUCCUUCUAUGAUUGCUACAAAGCGCAGAGUGAAGACAAUGUUGACCUAAGGCAAACCUAUAAUCCACUUCCUUCAUCAACUGAAUAUGCAAGUUCUGUAGAUUCUUCAAUUUUCUAUGCACCAUGGUCUACUUAUGGUGAUGAUAUUAAGCCGCCUUCUAAUUCUCAGAUUAAUGUAAAGAACAGGAUUCAAACAGAAAGAAAUGAUUAUGGCAGUGAAACAGACUUAUAUGGACUUGUAUCUAACAUUUUGGAAGAACAAGAUAAGUCACAGCCAUAUUUUGCUGAUGGGACCUGCUCCUCCAAUUUAAAGUCAGUUUGGCCAGUGAACACAAGCAGAUUUGCAGAUCACCAUGACCUGUUAACAGAAACAAAAAGGCCAAUAGAUCCAGCCAUCUCUCAGCAAGCUUUUUAUACUGGUGAAUCUGUGUCAGCAGUGGAAAAGCAAUACCUUCAUAAUAGUAAUAUCACACCACAACAAAAAGUAGAUGAACUUUAUCAUGGAUUUACUGGUUUAGACCUUGAAGAACAAUGGAUGUACCCCUCACGAAGUGAUCAUUCUAAUUGUUACAAUAUUCAGGCAAAUGAUACAGCUAAGACAACAUUCCAAGAAUAUCCAUUUGUCAAAAACUGUUUUACACUACAAGCUGGCCUCUCUGAGGUCAUGAAAGAAUCAGGAGCUGAUACUUACCCAUAUGGAAGAGAUAAAAUGUGUGUUAAAAGUCUUGAAGCACCAUUACAGCAGAAAAGGGCAGAGAUAUUUCUUUCCCAGUUUAAUAGAUACAAUGAGAGUGCAGAUUAUUGUAGAUACCCAGAAUAUGCUCAUCCUAAUAAGGCUAAACUUACUAAGUGUUCAAAUUUUACUGUCCAAGAUAGUAAAAAAUUAGCCAAUGGCACACCUGAAACACCAACUGUAGAAGCAGACAGCUACACAAAGUUAUUUCAGGUUAAACCAGCAAAUCAGAAGAAAAUGGAAGAAACAAUAACUGACCAGCAGAAUUUCACAUUUCCAAAAACUACACCACACCUGACAGAAAAACAGUUUGCAAAGGAAGCAACAUUCACUGCUGAUUUUGGCUUAAAAUCAGAAUAUGGACUAAAACCUCAUACAGUUUGUCCAGCUAAUAAUGAUUUCGCUAAUGUCACAGAAAAGCAACAGUUUGCUAAAGCUGACCCCCCAAAUGCUGAGUAUUUUAAAUCAGUGACUUUAUUGUCAAACUCAGCAACAUCUUCAGGAGGUAUCAACUUAAAUAGGCCAACUUGGAUGAAUGUCCACACAAAAAAUACUCCUAUUCCUUAUCGAAAUCAAGGUAACUUGAUGAAAUUAAAUAGUCAUUUAAAUGCAGCUUCAAAAGGUUCUAACCAUUCUUCAGAUUUCCCCCAACUAUCAUCCACAAAUUUAACUCCAAAUAACAAUCUGUUUCAGAAGUAUUGCCAAGAAAACCCUUCAGGAUUUUCUAGUUUUGAUUUCAAUUAUAAUGGUGCAGAAAGAAUUCAAUCUGUCAAUCACAUGGAAGGACUGACAAAGACUGCAGAAGAAAAUCUCUUUGAAUUGGUUUCAGAUAAAAAAAUAAAGCAGCCAAACGGAUUUUGUGAUAAUUACUCAAUUCAGCAGUUUGGGAUCAUUGAAAAUGUAAACAAACAUAAUUUUCAAACUAAGCCUCAGAGUGGACAUUAUGAUCCUGAGGAAGGUGCAAAGCAUUUAGAUGGAUUAUCUCAAAAUACAUAUCAAGAUCUGUUGGAGGCACAGAGUCAUUUUAAUAGCCACAGACAGGGAAGUGGAGAUAACAAUAUUAAUAGCCGAGUAAAUCGCACACAGGCGUCAUGCUUUUCUAAUUAUACAAUGGGAGAUUUAAGACAUAAUCAGACUUUUCAACAACUUUGUUCAAAUGGGUUUCCCCUAAGGUCCACCCACCCAUUUGGCCAUUCAGUUGUUCCACUUUUGGAUUCCUAUGAUUUGUUUUCUUAUGAUGAGUUAAGCCAUUUAUACCCUUAUUUUAAUGAUAUGAUGUAUGGUGAUAAUUCCUUUUCUGGUUUUGUGCCAACUUUUGGAUUUCAAAGACCAAUUAAAACUCGUAGUGGACCAGCCAGUGAACUUCAUAUUCGUCUGGAAGAAUGUUAUGAACAAUGGAGAGCAUUAGAAAAGGAGAGAAAAAAGACUGAAUUGGCCCUUGCCAAGAAUUAUCCAGGGAAAAAAGUAUCCAGUACUAACAAUACUCCAAUUCCAAGGCUGACUUCCAACCCAUCUAGAGUUGAUCGCUUAAUUGUGGAUGAACUUCGGGAACAAGCCAGGGUUGUAACUUUACUAGGCAAGAUGGAACGUCUUCGAAGCUCUCCCCUUCAUGCCAAUAUCUCUACUGCUCUUGAUAGACACUUGGAGUCUAUUCACAUUGUACAGUCACGUAGAAAAGAUGAAAUUGUUAAUGCUUCAAAUCGUCAAAAGCAAGGAGUCCCUAGAUGCCAAGAUGACAGAGAUGUUUUUGCCCUUGCUGCAGCAAUUAAAGAGAUGUGUGUCGCUACUCGGAAGGCACGCACUACUCUGUGGUGUGCACUGCAGAUGACCUUGCCUAAAACAGCCAAUACAACUGGCCAAACAGAUGUGGAGAAGGCUUUACAAGAUAUAGUAAACUGUGAAGAUAAAGUCCAUGAAAGCAUAAAUAGUAGCAAUCAAAUGAAUCAGAGAGGUGACACAAACAAACAUUAA